CCGUCCGUCCGAAAAGUGUUUUGUGUGAGCAAGAGCCAACGCGAGACGUGCAGCUUGUCGGUUCUGGAAAUCGCCCGUCGCGGCCACUUUAGUGUUUUCCCGUGAGUCCAAAGUUGCGCCAAAGUGUGCCGGAAGUCGUCGCCCGCGCCGGGGAAUCGUUUUCGUGUGCCGCCAAGCGGAUUUUGGAGGUGAAAUUCGGCGUUGAAAAGCUGAGAGUUUAAGUGAAGUUUGUAAUAAAAUCGAAUAAAAAGCAAUAGUGAAGAAGCAAACAUCGCGAGACAAAGUGAUUUGAAACAGUGACCAAAUAAACCAAAAGAACAACAGUGAAACAUUUGUGUAAACAAGGAAAAGGGGAAUACAAAUCUGCGUAGAGAUGCGACUACAACAGGUGAACGAGAAUGGUCGAUUCUUGUCCGCUGGUUGGUGCUGAGAAUGUUCACGGAUCAACCAACGGCGGCGUCAACUACAGAAGUAGCACCGACCACCAGCUGGAAGUGUUAAAGAUGAACAGUGCAGGCACGCUGGAUGUGGAGGAAAAGUCAUCGCCGGUGAUCUUUGAGGAAGUUACGGAUCAUCAACAGCAGCCGGACAACGACGACCAGGACGAGGAGGUGAUUCUGUUGUCUGAGGAGGAGGAGGAGGACGAGGAUGAUGGGGAAGUGCAGGGGAAUGGAGGUCAUGAGGGGGAGAACGGAACCAGUGUGAUUGUGGCCAAUUGCCAGGCCAAGGUGCCGCAGCAAGUUGAGCGGGAUGAUGAUCUGGAGAUAAUCGAGAUCUCGUCGACACCGCCGCCAGCGGAGUUAGAAUCUAAGCAGGUUGAGCCGGAAGUAACGGCAGUGAAGAACGAGGCUAGUAAUAAAAUUGUAAAUAAUAACGAUAGUACUACGAUAGUGAAGCACAAAUUUGUGGACGGGAAAACUGCCAAUAACAACGUUGUCGCCGUCGUUCAGCAGAAUUGUGUAGGCCGGCAAAAGCAACAGGAAUCUCCAAAGGAGGACAAUCACGUCCCUUCCAAGCCGGGAGUUAUGGGUCUUUCCGAAGAAAACCGGAAGGUUGAGCCGCUGAAGAUCAACCUGAACCGAGAGCCAAUCAGGACUAUAAUAAAACUGCCACCGAGUUCGGCCGCUGAUCCGCCGAGCUCGCCGAAGAUCACGAUCAAGCCUCUGAAGCCACCGCCCGCGGAGGUCGUCCCUGCGCCUCCUCCCACGAACAGCAUUCCCAAGCUUACGAUUAAACCUAUCGUGAAUCCGGACGACCCUACCGCCGCUCCAACAAACUUGGUCGAGCAAAUGCACAUCAUUCCAAAGGUGCAUAUCAAGAACCCUUCCGGGGACAGUUCUGGCGGCACGGACGAGCCCCACAUUGUGCACAAGAUUACGAUUCGUGGCGUAAAUAAUGCCGGUAGCUCUGCAUCGCUGAACGACUCUUCAAAUUCCACCAACUUGGCCAAUUCAGGGUCCCCGCCGUUGAUCCCCAAGCUGACGAUCAAGAAGGAUAACCACAAUCAUCACAGCAGUCACCAGCACCAUCCGCAUUAUCAUGCGCACCUCAAUAACCGGUUAGUGGUGGCCAAGGAAGACGACUCUUCAUCGUCGUCGUCGUCGUCGAAUCCUCCGGCGAUUCCGAAACUGCACAUCAAAGCAAAACCCGAACCGACCGUGGUGCCAAACAGCAGUGCAAGCGUUCCGAGCUGUCCCGUACUGACAAGUUCGGAGGGGGUCAAGCUGACCAUCAAGCCUAUCCCCGAACCUCCCCUUCCAAAACUUACCAUCAAGACGAGCUCGCUGGACUCGAACGAUGCCUCGUUGGUGUCCUCCACCAGCAGCAGCUUCUCGCCCAAAUUAAUCACUCCUCCGCUGGUUUCGUCCCCGAACGACCAACACUCCAGCAUUAGCUCGACAAUUCCGAAGCUGACGAUCAAACCGAUCCCAAAACCACCGCCGGCCAUUCCACGCAACCCCUCGGAGGUUCCCAUCCCGAAGCUGACCAUCAAACCGAUGCCUCCGAAGCCGGCGACCGCCACCUCGGAGGACAGUUGCUCAAGUGAAACCAGUAUUAACUCACUCGAAUCGUCCCCCAUUUCGUCCUCGUCGUCAUCGGUCAUCAACUCACCCUCCGCGAUCCCCAAGCUGACGAUCAAAGUGCCCAAGGAAGGCUCGGACUCGGUUGUAACUUCGCUGCCCCAACUGACGGCCUGCACAAUGACCCCAACUGUGGCGAUCCCCGUAGUGACCAAGAUCAACAUUAAACCGAUUCCUCCUCAGGAACAAAACUCCGCACCCAAGGAACCGGUCGCCGAGGCGCAGCCCGAAACCGUUCCCAAGAUGAUCAUCAAAACGCUCCCUCCAAAGAGUCUACCGAACGCCGCAGAGCAACAACAACAACUGCCAAAAAUCACGGUCAAGCCCAUCCCGAAGCCAGAUUUACCGCCGACCCAGCCGACGGAACCGUCACCGUCCAGCAACAGCAGUGUUCAUCAACCGCUGGAAGUCGCGACCACGACAAACUCAAAGACGCUGGACUCGGGCUGCGAUUCGCCGCGAAUAAUACUGAAGAUCAACAAGGGAAGUUCGUGCACUUCGACGAUACCGGCGGUCACUCCUGAAAAGAACGAGAUCGUCAAGGUCAACGAGUUGAAGCGGACAAAGCCUGCGGAGAACUCGGUGGAACACAAAAUCGACAAGGUUGGUGAUGUUCCGGAGCUGAAGAAGAUCAAGCUGGCGCUGAAUCAUGUGCCGCCGAAGGCGGUUGCGGCGGCCCCCUCCGUCGAGAGCGAUGUAAUUGUGAUAGAUGACGAUUCCAAGUCGGAAACGGCGGAAGAUCCGCUGGAGGGCACCAACGAUAACGUGCCGGCACAGCCGGAGCCCAAACCGGCCGUCGAAGUUCCAAAGCAACCGGAACCGGAAGAGACGCCCGAGGUCGUCGAGAAUAAACAGAAAGAGAAACGGCCGAGGUGGCCACGACCACCAACGCCCGGAUUGGACCCGGACAGGCCACGCCGGGCGGCCGCACUUCAAGCAAUUCCCGCCUCCAUCCUACUUCGGAGGAAUCAUUCGUCGUCGUCGUCGACGACGCAUACCUCGACUCCAACACCAACACCCGCCGCCCCAACUCCUUCCCCACCCGUUCCGGAACCGGUGUCGGUUCCGGCAGCGGCAUCGGCACCCCCAGCUGCCACAAGCAUCACCAGCGUCCUCCUGAUCGAAAACGACGAAGGGUCCAGCUCUGACUGCAUGAUCAUCGACGAUCCGCUCACGCUAGCGGAAAAGAACGGCACCUCAAGCAAUAGCAACAGCAGCAGCUUCAGCGUUCCGUCGAGCGCUACAACCCUGGUUACACCGGCAACGCCAGCUACGGUCAGUUCCGUGUCGCAGAUCGUCCUGCCGCCCAAGGUUCGCAUGAGCACACGCAGCAGCGGUGGUAAGGACGCGGUCACGCAGAAGGCCGCCGACAAGGACUCCGGUUUGGACGAGGGCAAACCCGAUCUGGAGGACGCACCAACACCGGCCAAGCGUGCCCGAGGCCGACCAAAGAAGAUCGUUCCUCUGCGGAAGAACUCGGAGGACGGAUCGCCCGAAGACGGUGUCGUCGAAGCAAAUGGCAGUGUCAGUUCGGAUGGAGGUGCCAAAGAGGUUCGGGUGUCCCCGCGGGUACUCCUUAAAGCACUAACGCCGUCCCGGUUGGACGAUAAGCUCAACUCUUCGCGAGCAAAGCCGACUCCGGUCGAAUCUGCCGACGAGGACGAGGAUGGCGAUGAUGGUGACGACGAUGACGAUUCGUCCGUCUCCUCAGCUAAAGAUCCGUUGAGCGGUGCCGAAGCCAAGUCGAGGGAUAGCAUUGUGGAGGUCGUGACGCCUAGACCCCGCGGAAGAGGUCGCGGUCGAGGUCGUGGCCGGGGCCGGGGACGGUUCACGGAUGCGAUUAAAAGCGCCAGCGUUCUGCCGUCCAACUCGGAUGAACCGAUUCGAGAUUUGACCUUUUCGGCGCCACCCGUACGAAGAGGACGCGGUCGAGGUUCGCGCGGUGGUCGUGGAGGUCGUGGCCGAGGUGGACGGGGACGUGGUCGGUCUAAUUCGGUUAGCCCGACGAAGCGAGGCAGUCCUGGGAAGGAGUUCAACGCGUUCCUAUCGCCCGAUGGAAAGCGGAGACAGCACCUGCGGGAUCCGCUGGCGACGCCCCUCUCGAGCCUGCAGCUGUUCGAGGAGGACACCCGGAUGAGCGGCGACUUUAACUUUACCACGCCGAUGCGGAUGGUGAGCGGUGGCUGCUACAACGACGAAUCCCAGAGCUCGUUCCUGAGCAGUGCCAGCGUGACGCAGGACAACAACGGCUCCGUGCAGACCAUUUUGACGACGCACAGUGCCCGAAAACCCAAGGCGAAAAUGGAGGUCGGGGACGUUAAUGGACAAGUGGAGUUCACGGCGGGGAUGUUGGCAGAGUACGAGUGGCCUCAGCCGACGGCUGGGAAUUCGAGGGCUCCAAGCGAUACUUACAUGAUUCAGGAGCAGAUCGCUGAAUAUCUAGAUGUGAAGAGCUUCAAGCGGAAAUAUCCGGAUUUGAUGCGACGGCCAGUUGACAUGGAGGAGCGGAACUACAUCAUGGAGCAGGGUCUGGCGUCGGAGAAGAUGUGUGACCUGGGCUUGACCGCGGUGUACGCCUCGGAAGUGCUGGACAUUAUGUGCAACGAUUACCCGGACAAGUACGAAGAGUACAAGCGUUUCCAGCGCGAGAAGCACUAUAUGGACCGACAAAAGUACCUGCGAACGGCGGCGGCAGCUGCGGCGGCCGAGGGUGUUGACCGAAGCCAGCUGCAGAAGGACCGGGCGAUCGAGUCGGCCUCCAGCUGGAACGCCAUGAUGAACAAGGAACGAAGGGACACUCGUCGAUCGUGUAUGGAUCUCCAAACUUAUGUGGUGCAAGUUCCCCGGAUUCAGCAGGUGCCACAGGUCAAACCGACAAGCCAAGAGGGCCACUACCCGGUUGCGCUCGUUCCGGGUCAGUUCUCCGAGUACUAUCACACCUACAGUCCAGAGGAGUUGGCAUGCUAUCCGAUCAACACCGCCCUGCUGGAUCCGCAGCAACUGAAGGAGAUUCUACGCUCGGAUCGAUACCAGAAACUGCUGGCUGAGGUCGCGUCGGCGUCCGACAGCGACGGAGGAAGUAGUAGCGAUGGUUCCAGCAGCGACAGUGACCUCAGCGACGACGACAGCAGCUCAGAUUCGGACGAUAGUAGCAGCUCGGGAGAUUCUGAGGAUUCUGACGUGCAGCAAAAGUCAGCAACGCCUCUGAGGAAACCCGCUGCCAGCAGCAAUCACAACACCCGGUUACGAGGUCCCCUGCCAAAGACACCGGCGACCACGAAACCAACGAGCACGACGGCAACCGUGACCAAGUCGCAAGCGCCCAACCCCCAUCUCUGUGCGGUCUGCAGUGGACCCCAAAACAAGAACAAAUUCAGCAAACCGGAACGGUUUAUUCGGUGUAACGUCUGUCGGCGGAGAGCCCACCCCUCCUGCAUAGACAUGUCCGGCAAGAUGUUCAAGCGGGCCCAGGAGUACGCGUGGCAGUGCAGCGACUGCAAGGCCUGUGAAAAGUGCAACCGAAGGGCGACCGCGGAACCGGUGGUGGUAGCGGCGUCCACAACCAGAUUGCGGAUGGUAUUCUGUGAUCAGUGUGACAGGGGCUACCACCUGCCCUGCAUUGGACUGCGGAAUGUGCCCGAUGGCCGGUGGCACUGCUCGGUGUGCUGCAUCUGCAACCGGUGCGGUGCCCGCAACCCGGAGGGUCACCCCAACCCGUACCUAACACCCCAGCAGCGGGACCAUCUGGCCAUGAUGGCGAACUGGACGCACGAGUACACCACCAACGAACUGACCCGGUUGCGGGAGCAUGCCAUUACACUGUGUGUGCCUUGUGUGCGGUUACGAAAGCAGCAAGAGGAGGACCGCCAGAAGCGGCUACAGGGAGAUUCGGCCACCGCCGGCUCCGGUGAGAGCAGUAGUAGUAGCAACAACAAUAACAACAACCACAGUACUAGUGUAAAAGUGGUUGAGGCGACGGCGGCGACGACGAUGGAAAUGGCCACGCCAGCGAUUAGGCCUCCGAGUGUUGGUCCACCUCCCUCCAAACCAGUGGCAAAGGGGUGAAACCCAGGUAAGGAUUGAAGUACUCUUGUGUAAAAAAAAAUCAACCCGAAUCAUUUGUGUUGUACAAACGAAAAGUUAAAAAAAAAAUAUUGGAAAGAGCGAGAGUUGACACAAUCCGUCGUUUUUGUGCCUAGUUAGAAUCUUCUGUCCGUUUACGUUUUACACUUUUUCGCGUUUCCGUUUUCGUCGUGAGAGCCCUGGUUCCGUUUUCUGGAAUUUUGGAUUGAUUUUGUUCUUCCUUUCUGUUUUGUUGAACACACUUUCAUUUUUCGGCAGAUUUUUUUUCACUUUACUUCGCGAGAAUAAAUUGAGAAGACAGAAACUGAUGUACAGAUACAGAGUAGAAUAAGAAAGUAGCGUUUAAUUCCUUGCUAAAAAUAAUAGAGUUUAGCUGCGCCGUCGUGUAUAGAGAGAAUAAACCAGAAAACCCUUUGUAGAAAUGUAAAAGAAAACAAUCUCAUCGAAUCUGCUACGUUUUAUGGGGUGUGUGGCAAACUGAAGUUUAGUUUGGUUGUUUUUUGUUUCAAAGGAAAUUAAACCGAUAACUAAACGUAAGCUAA